AUGUGGUUAGUUGCGAAAAACAGUUCCUUGCUGUCGCCUGAUCUGACGCUGAUCAUUUUACAUAUUGCCUUAAGAAAUUUAAGGGUAUUGGGGUCCAUCGGGCCGAGAACCUUGAUACAUAUUGGCAAGAAUUCCAUCAAGGGGAGGGCGUUCCCAUAUUUUUUUCAUUUUCUCGUCCGCUGCCCUGGCCGCGGCCAAACCGCAUUCUUUACUUGUCAGGUUUACAUAUCGUUCGGCAAGGGUGCCAAGGACCGUAACAUCCCACGCCAAACAUCUGCCGGCUCUCCAAGGGCGGUGCGCAGGGCUCCGUCAAAUUCGCCCAAUUUAGAAGGGUCAAUGUGUUUGGAUGUACGCAGGAAGUACACAAUUUGGGAAAACUGA